CUUGCUUUUACUGCCACGCGAAACGCCGUCACGCGUCCACUCGCGUUUCUACUUGUCCCUUCGAACACAGGCCUCCAGUGUGGCCCGCCAUCUGGUCAUUCACAAGGACCGAUAUCAAAGAUUGGGCCGAGACAUGUGGUCCUUGAUCAGCGUCCUCACGUGAACUCCACUCUGCGAAUUCCACGCAAAAUUUCUGCGGAACUUACAUGCACUAUGUGGAAUAUUGGGCUUGUUGCUUCGUUUCAAACCGAGCGCUUUUGAAUGAAUCAGCCGCAUUAUUCAUAUUGUGGAAUUUAUCUUCUCUCUGACCUACCUUCACAAGUGAUCGAUGUGGGUUGUGAGCUAACCGAAUCGCUCUCCAGAAUCAGACACAAUGAAGAUAAUCAUGGCCGGAUCAUAUCGAUGGUUUAGCUCGCGAGGAUAAUAGGCCUCUGGUCUGGAAGCGUUGGCGUCUUGUGAUCGCGUGCUUGCGGGGUGUGUGAGGCGUGUAUCGAGGCGUAUAUAUACCGCAGUCUCGCUAGAGUAGUCUCACUCCACAAUCCUCAUGAAUCAGGUAUGCAGCACCACAUAUUCUCCUGUCGAAUCUCUGCUCAUUCCGCUGCUCCUCACCCAGCCUCAUUCUGCGAUGGAAAU